UUUUUCUUUCCUUCUUUUUUUUUUUCUUUUCAGUAAUAAAAAAAAAUGAGAUACAGUCAUCUUUUAUCGUACAGUGUACUGUUGUUGACAAGCACUGUUACCAUGACAAGAGCCCAUGAGCAACAACAAAUGGCAUUUGGACAAACCGACAUUGGGAUUCAAAAUCAGGUUCAUGCGUUGGUGGAUGACUUGGUUCAAGCUGAAUCGAUCACCAAGUCUUGUAGCAGUUGCAUAUCUUUACUGCAUAUUAUCAAGAAAAUGUCAUACAUGCCAGAAAGUUUCCUGGUCAAUACCUUGACAAAAGUCUGUAAAAAAACACAAAAAGUCGACGACGAAGUUUGCGAAGGUGUGAUGAGAGAACAAGCACCAAUUAUCCGUAAAGUUCUGCCGUCUAUGACUAUAUCCGGCAGAGAUGGUCAUCUCAUGUGUGCAGCUAUUCUUAAUUCAUGCCCCUAUCCUGAGGUGGAAGAGUGGAAUGUUCCGUUUCCUAAACCAAAGCCAGAUGUAUUACCCAUCACUCAAAAAUCAAAAGGGCAAACAUUGACUGUACUUCAAUUAAGCGACUGGCAUAUUGAUCCUCAUUAUCAGCCAGGAGCAGAAGUGAUUUGUGAUAAGCCAAUUUGUUGUAGACCUGCAUAUACCGAUUAUACCAACAUUACGCAGUCGGCGUCUAUCUGGGGUGAAUAUAACUGUGAUACUCCCUUGUCAUUGAUUCAGUCAUUAUUAGAAUACAUUCCAAAAAUAGAGCGAAAUAUUACAUUUGGUAUCAUGACAGGUGAUGUACCACCUCACGAGGUCUGGGCUACUUUACCCGUAUUAAAAACGCAAUUGAUACAAGACGAUACCUACCGAUUAUUGCAUAGUCAUUUCGACUCUCCCACCUUAUUACACACCAUGCUAUACCCUGCCGUGGGUAACCAUGAAGCAGCACCUUCGAAUAAUUUCCCAUUGCGGUCGUCCAACGUACCCAUUGAGAUUGAGAAGAACUAUCUCGACCUGAAAUGGCUUUAUAAGAGUCUAGCGAUCAGUUGGGAGCGUUGGGUGCCGUUCCGUUCACAGGCGGAUCUUGAAUUAAACACGGGAAGCUAUGCCAUUCGUCCGGUGGAUGGGCUGAAACUCAUUAGUUUGAAUACUAAUUUUUGCUACAUUUUGAAUUGGUGGCUUUACGAACAUCCGAUGCAAAAGGAUCCCAAUGGUAUCUUUUCUUGGCUUAUAAAGGAACUACAGGAUGCUGAAGAUAAAUUGGAGCGUGUAUGGAUUAUUGGACAUAUUGCACCGGGUGAUAAUACUUGUUUCCAUGAUUAUGCAAAUUAUUAUAACCAGAUUGUAGACAGAUAUGCACAUAUUAUUUCUGCGCAAUUCUUUGGACACACACACAAAGAUGAAAUGACUAUUUUUUAUGGACACGGAAAGAAUCAGACAGCCCAAGAAGCCAUUUCUGUAGGUUAUAUAGCUCCCUCUAUCACGCCUUAUCUGGAUCUUAACCCUGGCUUCCGCGUGUACAAGAUUGAUACCGUCACAUUUGAAGUGGUGGAUUCUAUUACGUAUACAGCCAAUCUAGAUCAAGCGUCUACAUGGUUAGAUGGACCCGACUGGCAUAUUGAGUAUUCCGCAAGAGAGGCAUUUAAUUCAAGUGGAGCUAAACUAAAUUCGGCUACGUCACCCUUAUCGGCUGCAUGGUGGCAUAACGUUACAGUGGAUAUGGAGAAUGAUGAAGCGACCUUUGACAAAUAUUACCAAUAUACGACAAAAUCAUCACCCAUGACCAAGGCCUGUGUGGGUGAUUGCAAAAAGAAUGCGAUUUGUAAUAUUCGUGCGGGUAAAUCUGAACAACGCUGUGAUUAUGAAUCCGAUGUGUUUAAUGGAGAAGGUGUACGAAAGAAGUCGUAUAAACCAGAAGCUCACAAUUGUGCAUUUAAUAUGGAAGGAAUUCGUGCAAGACGACAACGGAUGUCUGGCUUUUAAAAUGUUGGUAACACACACCUCACACUCAUUCACUCUCUCGGGUGGCUUUUUUUUUUGAAAGGGUGCUGCUUUUUUUAGGGCAAAAAAAUAAAAUAAAAAAAAAAUAACCCUUUUUUCCCUAUAAAUAAAAUAUACAUAUAUAAAAAAA